CGCCCAGGGCGGGCAAUCGAGGGCCGAAAGGCGGAAGGGUUCCGCUGCCAUCUUGCCCCGGGCGCAGCCCCUCCGCCAUGGAUCCGGGCGCGGGGGCACGGAAGGAGCGGCCGAAGCCGCGGGAGCCGGCGGCUCGUCUGGAGAAGGCCAAGCAGAGGUCGGCACAGCAGGAGCUGAAGCAGCGGCAGCGGGCGGAGAUCUAUGCCCUGAACCGGGUGAUGACGGAGCUGGAGCAGCAGCAGUUCGACUCCUUCUGCAAGCAGAUGCAGGGAUCCGGGGAAUGACAGCCCGGCCCCUGCCCUGCCCCCCUUUUCUAACCCCCCGGUAUUUAUUAUCAAAUCGCCCUUUUUGUAUCAAUAAACUCUGUGCUGGU